GGGAAAUGGACAUUACAACGAGUCCAAACCAUCUCAUAAUAGUAUGCUGCCACGCCAUCUACACAGGCGGACCAGGUGGCAGUGCCGAAGAAUCGAAUUGGUUGAUCGAGCCGUUCCAGCGAGGCGAAACGGGGACGUAUAUUGCGCAUAUUGAGGCCGGAGUUCGCGAGUUGAGUAGAGACAAGGACGCGAUAUUGGUGUUCAGUGGAGGAGCGACGAAACGAGAUAGGACGCAACGGAGCGAGGGAGAGGGAUAUUUGGCCGUCGCUAUCGAACGCAACCUCUUCAGCUUUGACACCACUCCUCCUUCUCUCCAGCAAAGAAUAUUCAUCGACCGCUACGCCACAGAUUCAUACCAGAAUAUCCUCCUCAGCCUGGUACAGUGGCCGUUGUUCGUACGGCAAGUCCUCUGCAAUGAUUUACCUUCCAAGCAGUCGACCGGCAGUGAGAUGCCGUGGCCUACAAAACUGACGAUCGUGUCACAUGAAUUCAAGCGCGCACGCUUCCUGGAGCUGCAUUUACCUGCGAUCGCGUGGAACCGUGAGACGGUGUUUGUGGGGAUUGAUCCGCCUUUUGACAGAGUAAGGAUGGCGGAGAUCGAGGAAGGGGAUAGGCUGAGAGGAUAUGGGGCGUGGAAGGGGGAUCCGUAUGGCAUUGGCGGGGUGCCAAGGGGGAAGAGGGUGAAGAGGGGAUGGGAUGGGAACGUCUUUCGCCGGGAAGUUCUAGACAGCUUGGGCGGCAUGAGCGUGAAGGAGGAGCUGGAAAGAGUGGUCUUUUGGGAUGGAGGAGGAGGAGAGGGACGGCUACUAGAGGGCGUCAGUGUGCCGUGGGCAUGAGGGAAAGGCAGUGCUGGAGGGCCAGAACGAGUACUACAAACGUGACAGCGUGAAAGCUACGCAUGGGCAGGGAGCACUCCGGGAAGGUAGCGUCUUCGUCUCUCUGCAGGAUGGCACCAGUCCGCUUUCUCGAUAAGAUAGUCUCAGCAGCUGCCGGACAGUGCAAAGCCCUUGCCAUGCUUCCGCUGCGUUGGCGACGAAUUCUCAUCUGUAGGUUGAUUGUGUCGUAAUGGGGAAGAUUGGCGCCGCAGCAGAGUUGGCACAAAAUCG